GCCGCCGCGAGCAGCGACUCCACCCGGGAGUUCAUCGAUGCCGCGAGGUCGGGUUCCACGGGGCGGUGGGCCCCAGCGGCCAACGCGUCCACGCGCGCGCCCUUCUACAAAGACCAACUCUUGACGAUCAUGAAAGACAUGCUGUCCAUGGGUCCCGUGAGGGAGGCAGUCGAACAAAUCUGGCUGAAGCUGAACAGCAGCAGCAACUCCGUCGUCGGAGAUGGCCUCGACGAUGCAGCAGCGUUAGUGGCCGACUACGCUGAUCGCGCUGGCGAUUGGUUGACGCCGUUCGCGGACAGCAUCCGGGGUGCAGCUGAGAUGUGGCUCGACAAGAGCGUCGACAUGGAUUAUGUGUUCGAGUGCGGCGUGGGCGACGUUUCCGACAGCGCUGGCGUCGAAACCAAGCAGGAGAUAGCACGCGAGGUGCAGCGGGGGUUGUUGCUGAAAACUUCUACCGAGGCGAGGGUCACCGCGAAGUUCGAGGCCGCUCUGCUGGACUUUGACGAAGUCCUCCGUUCCGGCGCCGCCCCGUCGGCACAGAAGGUGAAGACGUUCGAUUCGGUGCUCAGUCGCCGCGGGGCCAGCGAGCACUCUUGCAAUUCGGAGUCGCAGAAUGUGUUCAUGACCUGCACCAUGAAGACGGCGGCUCUGAAGGAGGUGUCCCUGGACCUCAGUUGGCAUGAAGUCAUCGGGUUACUUGUCGAGGCGUCGACCUUCUACUACGGGGCCGACCUGGCGCAUGUGCGCGAGAUGGUCCAGGCCGUCAUGGCUGCGCUGACGGACGUGCAAUCGGUCAAGAACGCCACUGAAUACUGCGAUGCGGACGACUGGGGCCCCACGUGGAAGACUUUCGCGGAGAUCGUGUUGCGCUAUCGGUUCGGGCUCGGGAAGCUGCUCAGGGCCUUAAGGUGCCCGGCGAGCCCGGGG